AUGACAGGUCUGAAGCUCCUGUCGGUGGCGGCCACCGCCAUAUUAUUCUCGCAGGCCGGCUGGGCAUAUGGAAAAGAGCUAACUGAUGUAGACGAUGUCAGUCCUGAUCAAGACAUUGGAGGUGGUGGAGUUGGUCAAGGCGGGGGGGAACUCGGUGAAGAAGAUGAUGAUGCCAAUGGAGAAGGCGUUGAUGAAGCUGCUACUAACGAGGCCAAAAGAGCGGAGUGCUGGGAACAAAUGAACCUGGCUCGAAGUGCUGUUGGUUUCGAUAAACUCACGCAACAAAAUAUGUUCAAACUUUCUGCUAGUGACUGGGCAAAUACUCGAGAACAAGCCGCCAAACUCACGGAAUACCUGGGAAAUGUCUGCAAUGCAGUGAAAACUAACAAAGCGCCUGCAGAACUGACCCCACUCGCAGGCACCGUCGCCUACGCAGUUCAAGAAGGGGAACAGGCUGAUUGCCAGGCUGCAGUCGACUACUGGAAGGAAGCCCUCACAAACUUCAACGGGGAGGUUCCACCAGCAUAUGGAGCAAACGCUUCACCUUACGACAAUACCCAAAAUGUCUCCUUCAUUUCCCUCUUCAAUCCCCAAGCAAAUCCGACGGUUGACUGUGCAUACUUCGUCUGCCCUGCAGCAAAACAAAAGGCCAAGGAGGGGGAGGGAAAUACUGAUACCGACAAGAGCAUGAAUGCGUUGAUUUGCGUUACUUCGCCCAGCGCCUUGAAAGAUAGCCAAGAACCCUUUACGAAAGAGCAGUGGAACAAAAUUACUGCGGCUCUCAACUCCAGUAGUGCCGCAUCAGCAGCUCCAGCGGCUCUUGCCCUUGCUGCUGCUGUAUUUGCCUCUGUUUUCCUCUGA